UUGGCGGGAGACUGUGUUCAGCCGCUCUCUUCACCCUUACGGAGUUUCCGUAGCCGCGUGGCCUUUUUGCCUAAUAACGAGCCACCGCUCCGCUCCGCAACGGGACGGCCUCGCCUCCUGGCCCCGGCGGCGUCGUGGCGGUGCGGAGAAGCCAGGUCCGCUGAGGCGGGCUGCGGCGACGGGGGCGGCGAUGCAGGGAGGGGGAAGAGUCCGUCAGCUUGACAGCCCCGUCUGAGUUUCCUUCCUCGCCAGCCGGUGGGGAAAUGAGCGGGGGCGGCAGCGAGGCGACCGCCACGACUCGCGUCUCGUCUUUUCCCCGCGGGGGCGUCUCGGGGAGCGGCUCCUUCAGCCGCCUCUGCUCGGUGCCAGAGGCGGCCUAGAGAGGUCGCGCCUGUGCUGAGGGGGAGGAAGCGCUGCAGGAAGGGCGAGGAGAGGGGGCUGCCUGCCUUUCGGCGGUCGGCUGUGAGGGGUGGUGGGGAGCAACCCCGUUGGGGCGGGGGGUCCGGUGCUGGUUCCUUUUCUGGUCUAGGGGAAGGGUGGCGAGCCGGCCAUGGCUGCGCGUGUCUCUUGAGGGGUUGCCUGAGGUAACGGGGAGUGGAAACCGGUGCCGGCGGCGCGUGUGCGGAGGGUGGGAAGGGCUGCAGCCGGCGAUGCCUCGUUGACUGACACAGAGAGCGGCGCCGCUCCAGCAGCCAUGGCGCUGCAAACUCCGCAGCCUUCUGCGGCCGCUCCGGAUCUCCUGCUGCCCGCAGUCGGCGACAAACGUCUCUUGCUGUCGUGCGGGAUGAAUGGGGAGAGUUUGGACCCCCCGUCGGCGGAGGCGGUGGGAGAGGAACAAGAACAGGAGGCGGCAGAGGCGGGAAAGACCGGAAAGGAAGGCGAGAAAUUGCCUCCCCGAGUGGCCGAAUCCAGCACCGCUUCUGGGGAGUUGGAAAGGGGACCCAAAAGUGACAUUUCCCCUUUCAACAGCUUCAUUUCCACUAUCAGCCAGAAGCAAGAAGAUGCUGGAAGUUCACCCACGCAGUUUGUUAUUGCAGAUUUAAAAAAUGUAAAAGAGCUUCCUCCCCUUGGCCAUGAUGUUAGGCAAAAACAGCGCAACUCUAUAGAUACACUUCCUGUAGAAAUGAAAGUUUCUGUUCCUCCAGAAGCUCCUCUUCCCAUCCAAACCAAAACUGUGAAAGACUUCCAAGAAGACAUAGAAAAAGCCAAGUUGUCGGGAGACUGGAAAACAGUGUAUGAGUUUUAUUCAACAAUAUUUGAUUCUUUUUCAGAAGCCAACACUGCAUUUAAGAAAUACGAAGAUGCUCCUUUUGAUUCCACUGAAGACUGUGGAGUUGAUAUUGAUUUUGUGAAUGCUGUUUUUGAUGCCCUUCUAAUUUCACCUCAAGAUAUUCAGAAGUGUGUCUUAAAAGGAACAAUUAAUGGUUUAUUACAGGAAUGGAAAGGGCCACGAACAAAAGAUGAUCUUAGAGCAUAUUUUAUACUUCUUCAGAAUCCUCUGUUUAGUAAUGCAUCAACAUAUGUCAUUUAUGCUCACCUGCUAAGACAGAUUGCUGCUUUAACAGAAGGCGAUCAUCACUUCCUAGUUCACUGGUUUAAAAAGCUAUCACAGAAGAGAUUGAAGAUGAUAAUAGACAGAUUGCUGCAGUUUAUUUCUUUACGCCUGUUUCCUGCCAAACCUGAAGAGCUGCCUCCUGUGGAGAAGUGUAACUGGUGGAUUCCAUCAGCAACCAAAGUCUUGUCUUUAUUUAAUGCUGCGAAUAGCCUAGCAAAUCCUCCUGUUAUUCCAUAUACAGAUUUCUAUAAUUCUACGCUGGAUCAUAUUGAUCUCAUGGAAGAAUAUCACAAUUGGCAAUGUUAUGGAAACUCUCAGAGGUUUUCCUUCUGUCAGUAUCCAUUCAUUAUUUCUAUAGCAGCAAAAAAAGUUAUUAUUCAAAGGGACUCAGAACAGCAAAUGAUAAAUAUUGCCCGGCAAAGCCUGGUGGACAAAGUCUCUCGGAGGCAGAGGCCUGAUAUGAACAUGUUGUUCUUAAAUGUGAAAGUGAGAAGAAUGCAUCUAGUUAGUGAUUCUUUGGAUGAGCUGACAAGGAAGAGAGCAGAUUUGAAAAAAAAAUUAAAGGUUACUUUUGUAGGAGAAGCUGGUCUUGACAUGGGUGGCCUCACAAAAGAAUGGUUUCUGCUUCUAAUUCGACAGAUUUUUCAUCCAGACUAUGGCAUGUUUACUUAUCAUAAGGAUUCCCACUGCCAUUGGUUUAGUAGCUUAAACUGUGACAAUUAUUCUGAAUUCCGAUUGGUUGGAGCUCUAAUGGGACUGGCAGUCUACAACAGCAUCACACUGGAUAUUCGAUUUCCACCAUGUUGCUACAAAAAACUGCUUAGUCCUCCCAUUGUACCCUGUGAUCAGAAUGCACCUGUAGGAAUUGGAAGUGUUACAAUAGAUGACCUGUGCCAGGUUAUGCCGGAGCUGGCUCAUGGACUAAAGGAGCUACUGUCAUAUGAAGGGAAUGUUGAAGAAGAUUUUUAUUCAACCUUCCAGGUUUUUCAAGAAGAAUUUGGAGUCAUCAAGUGUUACAAUCUAAAACCUGGUGGGGAUAAGAUCCCAGUUACAAAUCAAAAUAGAAAAGAGUAUGUGCAGCUUUACGUAGACUUCCUUCUCAACAAAUCAAUCUACAAACAGUUUGCUGCAUUUUAUUGUGGAUUUCACAGUGUCUGUGCUUCAUAUGCAUUGAUGCUGCUUCGCCCUGAAGAGGUUGAAAUUCUAGUUUGUGGAAGUCCAGAACUGGAUAUGCAUGCCCUCCAGAAACACACCCAGUACGAUGGCUAUCAGAAGACUGAUGUUACUAUCCGAAACUUCUGGGAGGUGGUCCUUGAAUUCCCACUUGAGCUUCAAAAAAAGCUCCUUCAUUUUGCUACAGGAAGUGAUAGGGUGCCAGUGGGAGGAAUGGCUGACUUGAAUUUCAAGAUUUCGAAGAGUGAAGCAUCCACAAACUGGUUACCUGUUGCUCACACUUGCUUCAAUCAGCUCUGCCUGCCUCCUUACAAGACCAAAAAGGAACUGAAGGAAAAAUUAACCAUUGGAAUUUCAAAUGCAGAGGGCUUUGGUUUAGAAUAAGAAUUGACAAGUACAGCAGAUGUAGCACUCAUUCUCCUCUUAUUGUGCCUUUAAAGUUCUUAAAAUUCCUGUCUCUUGAUAAUGUGGCAGUCUUAUUCAGAACUGUGCAGUAACGCCAUUUGUUUUUUUAAAGAAAAUUUGAAUUUUCUGUAUUUAAAUGGUUUUACUGCUUUCUUACAGUAAAAACAACUUUGUAUAGUAUUCCAAGUAAUAUUCAGAUUUUGUUUGUAUAAUACUGAUUUCGUUUGUUUGUAUAUAUGGUGACAAGAACAGCCCGCUAACUUCUGAGGAAGGCUGGUUAACAGAUCCAGUCCAUCAUCUUGGUUGCCCAAAUUAUAGAGGCAAGAGGUGCAGCGUACUUUACCGUUAAUCCUACUUGUUGUAAAUCAUGCUCCAUCUGGGAAUUAUGACAUUUAAAUAAUAUAGCUCUUGAUUAGUUAAGCCCAGUAGUGGAUUAUUCUUCAGUCAGCACUCAGGCUGCAGCAAUGCUUAUCACUGCUAUUAAUCUCAGCCAUGUGGUUGUUUUUCAUGUUGAGGCAAAAAAAUAUAGAUGAAAUGUACAGUGUAAAUACUCUGGUUUUCAUUUUCUAAAAUGAAUGUAAUUGUUUUAAAAGCAUGUAAAUAACUGCCUGUGGAACAAUAUGAUUUUGAUAGUGCCAUUUACAGCUAAAGAUUUAUUUUUACAGAGUAUUGAGUUUCAGAUGUUAUAUAUUCAGCUUUUGAAAAUAGGAACAGAGUAUAGUUGUACAGGAACACGAAAGCUGCUAUUUUAAACUUAUCUAUAUUCAUGGACAAAAUUUUAAGUAUUAAACAGUUUGCAUGCAUAUGAUGUUAAGGUGAUUUAACUGUUGUACUUUUGUAACUGCAGUUUAAAAGAAAAAAUUAAUGUGUAUAGGUAGACUGAAUUUGUAUAAUUGAGGAAAAAAUAGUCACCUCGGUGCACAAUGAGAUGUGUAAUUUUUGAUAUUUUUAAAUUAUGCAUCUUUUAAUUAGAAACUUGAUACUAUAAAUCUUUUACACAAGGUUUAAAAUAAAUUGAGUUUUUCUACAAAAGUGAAUGUAAUAAAAACCCAUAUAAUGUA